UUUUUUCAUUUUCAGAACCGAAAAAACCUUCGUUUACUAAUAUGAAUUUGAAUGAUACUGAUUUGGUAAUCGAUUUCGGUAAAGAAAAUCACAAACUUAUUAUUUUGAAGUGCUAUGUAGAUGGUAUGCCUAAACCACAAGUUACAUGGUAUAAGGAUAACGUGAGAUUAAAAAACAGUGAACAAUACGAAUGUAAGAGAGAUAAUCAAGAACUUUACAUAAAAUUUGUAUUUGAAUACGACAGUGGAAAAUAUUCUUGCAGAGCUGAAAAUCGUUUAGGAAAAAUAGAAUCUUAUCAAAAUAUAUUGAUAAUGGGAAAAGAAUUACCUAAAGUGUUAAUAAUUUUAAUCGUUGUAUUGAUAAUCUUACUGAUCGGCUUGAUAUUGUACCUUACAAUUAAAGUUCGUCGUGAAAAGAAAAUGAGGAAGGAAUUAUUAGAAGCUGGUCUAAUGCAUUUCGAGGAAGGUGCUUUGGAAUUUUUAAAUCCGGAAUUGACAGUAAAUGACCAAGCAGAACUACUUCCUUACGAUAAGAAAUGGGAAUUUCCAAGAGAAAGGUUGAAACUUGGAGAACAAUUGGGUAGUGGAGAAUUCGGGGUUGUUAUAAAAGCAGAAGCUAUAGGAAUUAAUGCUGGUGAAAAUGUAACAACGGUUGCAGUUAAAAUGGUACGACGUACGACAGAUCCAAUUUAUAUUCGUGCACUAGUAAGUGAAUUAAAGAUUAUGGUGAAUUAUUGGUCAUCGUUGAGUACUGUCGAUUUGGUAAYUUACAUAAUUUCYUAUUGA